AUGAUAACCGCAACAGUUCCGCUGAAGCGAGAAAGAGAAGAUGAUGUGGACGACGAAGAAAACGAGGACGUGCCAGUCAAAAAAGGACGCGGUCGUGUCGUAGAGGACCGAAGAAGUCGUCACUGUCCGUAUCUAGACACCAUAAACAGGAGUGUGCUGGACUUUGACUUUGAGAAGCUCUGCUCCAUUUCUCUCUCACACAUCAAUGUUUACGCCUGUCUUAUAUGUGGGAAGUACUUUCAAGGUCGAGGUCUGAAAUCCCACGCGUAUACCCACAGUGUCCAGUUCACCCACCAUGUGUUCCUCAACCUGCACACGCUCAAGUUUUAUUGUCUACCUGACAACUACGAGAUCAUUGACUCCUCACUCGAGGACAUUACGUAUGUGCUUAAACCAACAUUCACCAAGCAGCACAUUUCGGGUUUGGACAAACAGGGCAAGCUUUACAGAGCCUACGAUGGAACCACUUAUCUGCCUGGCAUUGUUGGUCUCAAUAACAUUAAGGCCAAUGACUACGCCAAUGUGGUCUUGCAGGCCUUUUCCAAUGUCCCGCCAUUGCGCAAUUACUUUCUGGAGGAGGAGAAUUACAGAGGAAUCCGCAGACCACCAGGAGACAUAAUGUUUCUCUUGGUGCAACGCUUUGGCGAGCUGAUGCGCAAACUUUGGAAUCCGAGAAACUUCAAGGCCCACGUGUCUCCUCAUGAGAUGCUUCAGGCCGUGGUGCUUUGCAGCAAGAAGAACUUCCAAAUUACUAAGCAAGGAGAUGCUGUGGACUUCAUGACGUGGUUUUUAAACGCUCUGCACGGUGCCCUCGGAGGCACAAAGAAAAAAACAACCAUCCUAACAAAAGCAUUCCAGGGCUCCAUGCGGAUCUUCUCAAAGAAGCUCCCACACCCAGAUCUGACGCCAGAGGAGAAGACUUUACUGCUCCUGACCGACGAGUAUCAAGAGCAGAUGUCAGAGUCCACGUUUUUAUUCUUGACCCUUGACCUCCCUACGGCCCCCUUGUACAAGGAUGAGAAGGAGCAGCUAAUUAUCCCACAGGUCCCACUUUUCAACAUCCUGGGAAAGUUCAAUGGAAACACAGAGAAGGAGUACAAAACGUACAAGGAGAACUUCCUGAAAAGGUUCCAGUUGACCAAACUCCCACCCUACCUUAUCUUCUGCAUCAAAAGGUUUACGAAGAAUAACUUCUUUGUGGAAAAAAAUCCUACCAUCGUCAACUUCCCCAUCACGAAUGUUGAUCUUCGGGAGUAUUUGACAGAAGAAGCUCAAGUGACGGAGAAGAACACAACGUAUGACCUCGUUGCAAAUGUGGUACACGAUGGGAAACCAUCGGAAGGGGCCUACAGGAUACAUGUUCUGCAUCAUGGAACUGGAAAGUGGUACGAGAUGCAGGAUCUGCAGGUGAUAGACAUCCUCCCCCAAAUGAUCACUUUGUCAGAGGCCUACAUCCAGAUUUGGAAGAGGCAGGAGAGUGAUAAGGACAUAAAAAACCACACUGGUGCAUAG